CUCGUCACCAGACCACACACCCCCAACCGCAGUCUCAGCACCCCCAAAGACAGCCAAAAUGGAGAACGAUCGCGGCGAAAUUGUCGACCUUUACGUCCCCCGCAAGUGCUCUGCGACGGGCCGCAUCAUCAAGUCCAAGGACCACGGUUCUUGCCAGAUCACCAUCGCCAAGGUCGACGAGAACGGCCGUGCCAUCCAGGGCGAGAACAUCAUCUACGCUCUCUCCGGCUUCGUUCGCGCCAUGGGCGAGUCUGACGACUCCCUCAACCGCCUUGCCCAGCGCGAUGGUCUCCUCAAGGCCGUCUGGAACCCCCAGCGCUAAAUGCCUGGAGUGUUUUUGAAACGAAUGAGGCAAUGGUACGGAGAUUCGAAAUCCGGAAUCGACAAUCUCGACCGAGGGGCAAUUUUGCUGAUAUGAUACCCAACAAUUCAGACAAUAUCCGACAUGAUCGAUCUGGACACAAGAACGACCUGUGGGAAAAAAACAGGCAACGACUUGGGACGAACAACUACUGGCAGCGGGACCACGACAUUGGGUUGGGAACUCUGGGAUUUGCGGAAAUGCAUCUUUGAUUGACAAAGGCUCAAUGGCGUCAGAAGGAUAUUGUUUCUCAUUCGGAAAAAAAUACACUGGCAUUGAUGAUCUGAACGAGUUCCGUCCACAUACCGUCUGUCUACAGAUUUCUCACCAACUCCGAACAUCCC